UGCAGCCUUGAGCCCGUCCGGUCCUCCUCCUCUCCUCACCGGCUCCCUCUUGUUGACCCGGCAGCCGCGUGGAGCUGCUGGCCAUGCCACUGAGACAUUAUCUCCUUCUGCUGGUGGGCUGCCAGGCCUGGACUGCGGGCUGGGCCUACUAUGGCUGUCCUAGCGAGUGCACCUGUUCCCGGGCCUCCCAGGUCGAGUGCACAGGGGCACGGAUUGUGGCCGUGCCUACCCCUCUGCCCUGGAAUGCUAUGAGCCUGCAGAUCCUCAACACGCACAUCACUGAAAUCCCGGAGUCCCCGUUCCUCAACAUCUCAGCCCUCAUCGCCCUGAGGAUGGAGAAGAACGAACUGUCCAACAUCAUGCCAGGCGCCUUCCGCAACCUGGGCUCCCUGCGCUACCUCAGCCUUGCCAACAACAAAAUACGGAUGCUGCCUCCUGGUCUCUUCCAGGGCCUGGACAAUCUGGAAUCCCUCCUUCUGUCCAAUAACCAACUGGUUCAGAUCCAGCCAGCCCAGUUUUCCCACUUUGGUAAUCUUAAGGAACUCCAGUUGCACGGCAACAAUCUGGAAUAUAUCCCUGAAGGCGCCUUUGACCACCUGGUGGGACUCACCAAGCUCAACCUGGCCAAGAACGGCUUCAAGGAUCUCUCACCUAGGGUCUUCCAGCACCUUGGAAACCUCCAGGUGCUCCGGCUACACGAGAACAGGCUUACGGACAUCCCCAUGGGCACUUUCGAUGCCCUUGGCAACCUCCAGGAGCUGGCCCUCCAGGAGAACCAGAUUGGCAUCCUCUCCCCUGGCCUGUUCCACAAUAACCGCAACCUCCAGAGACUGUAUCUGUCGAACAACCGCAUCUCGCUGCUGCCCCCUGGCAUCUUCAUGCAGCUGCCCCAGCUUAACAAGCUCACACUCUUCGGCAAUUCCCUGAAGGAGCUCUCCCCGGGGAUCUUCGGGCCUAUGCCCAACCUGCAGGAGCUUUGGCUCUACAACAACCACAUCACCUCUCUCCCUGACAACACCUUCAUCAACCUGCCCCAGUUGCAGGUUCUGAUUCUCAGUCACAACCAGCUCAACUCCAUCUCCCCGGGAGCCUUCAACGGCUUGACGAAUCUGCGAGAGCUGUCCCUCCACACCAAUGCUCUACAGGACCUGGAUGGAAAUGUCUUCCGGGCGCUGGCCAACCUGCAGAACAUCUCCCUCCAAAACAACCGCCUCCGACAGCUCCCCGGCAGCAUCUUCGCCAACGUCAACGGCCUCACAACCAUCCAGCUCCAGAACAACAAUCUAGAGAACUUACCCUUGGGUGUCUUUGAUCACUUGGUGAACCUGUGUGAGCUUCGUCUCUAUGACAACCCCUGGAGAUGCGACUCAGAUAUCCUCCCACUUCAUAACUGGCUCCUUCUCAACAGAGCCAGGCUGGGGACAAACACUCUUCCUGUGUGUUCCAGCCCAGCCAACGUCCGAGGCCAGUCUCUUGUCAUCAUCAAUAUCAAUGUCCCUGCGCCCAGUGCCCAGGGUCCUGAAGUAUCUAGUUCUAGCUACCCGGAAGUGCCACGUUAUGCAGACCCUGAUCUGUCAGGGUCAUCCAGCUAUCCCGACAGCACAUCCAUUUCCUCUACCACAGAGAUCAUCACAUCCGUAGAAGACUACACCGAUCUGACCACCAUUGAAGCCACCGAUGACCGCAACACGUGGGGCAUGACCGACGCCCAGACGGGGCUGGCCAUUGCCGCCAUUGUGAUUGGCAUCAUUGCGCUGGCCUGUUCCCUAGCUGCGUGCAUCUGCUGCUGCUGCUGCAAGAGGAGGAGCCAGGCGGUCCUGAUGCAGAUGAAGGCUCCCAAUGAGUGCUAGGGAAGCAAGCUCCAACAGGGCUGGGGAAGAGUGAAACCAGAGGACCAGAGAAUGGCAUCAUUCAGCUUCCAAACCUGGGCCCACACAGACAAGCUCUGAUGGUCCCCCCCCCAUUUUUGUCCUGAGUCUUCUGUAGAGAAACAGGCAUUUCAAGACCUCCUACUCCCAGAGAAAUCUAAUUGGUCAUUAAACAAACAAACAACCCCAGACAGUUCUAGGUCAAUGCCUCGGCAUCCAUCAGAGGGACCCUCCACCAAAUCCUCACUCCUUCCAAGAACAAGCUUCCUUGCACCCGGCCCCUUCCAGCCUCUGCAGACUUAAUGAUGACAAGGCCUGCUCACAUCAUGAGAUAGUUCUCUGCCGGGACAGCCCGUGCCUCGAAGUAUUAUAUAAGGUGAUUUCUUUUCUCUUGCUUCUCUUUUUGCGCCGUGGCUUGACUCUGUCCCCUCGAGUGAGAGGUCUCCCUGUGUUUUUCUGCUGCCAAAGGCAGACUUCAGUUCUCUCUGUGAGAAAGUUUGGAUCUUUUAGCUCACUUCGCUGGCUUGGAGGGCGCUCUGCAAGACAGAAAGACACCUCUGCUGUCUGUUCCAGACAGAAUUGUCAUCAGUACUGGUGACAACAAGUUCAGCCUUUCAGAGAAGAAUGUUUAAAGCCGCAAGCUCUCCUUCGAAGAUCUUAGCCCUUUGUGAUGUAAAAGUGCGCAGUUGCUAAAUUCUCAAAACAUGAAAACCAGCUCAUUGAUAAUGACUGAAGAACACAAGCCUGGGGUCCUUGUCCUCACCCCUACACUUUCCCUUUCUCGGGAGGGAAGUCGGGGCUGUGCUGAAGGAUCACACACAUACAGAAAAGUGGGAGUGUGAUAGAGUACAUCCUGGUCAAGUCUCACAAUCUGAAUAGAUAUCUGUGUGAUCAGCAUGAUACCAAGAAAAUGGUAUCACAGUGUCUCCACUCCAAGCUUGUUCUGAAGGACUUCUGGAGAUGCUGUGGACUUUCUGGCUUUCCACGGGCUAGGGAGGGAUCCUCACAGUCUUCCCUACCCCUCCGUGGGCAGCCUUUGCAAAGGCCCAGCUGUCAGGAGUGGAAGAGAUGGAGGUACGGUCAGAACAAGAGGCAACCAAGCUGGCCAGACCAGAAGCACCCGAACUACAGUAGCCUGUGCAAGCACGCAUCCUCCCUGCCAACAAACCCUGUGCUGCUCAUCAGUGCCCCUCUAUUCAUCCUUUUAUGGGUAUUAUAUGCCCAUAUCUGUUUCCAAUUUUUGUUCUCCAUUUGGGGGAAGAAAAAAUAGCUCCGAGAUGAGAUCUUCCAAUUGAAUAACCAAGUGUAAUGGAAACCAGGAACCCUUCUGCACUGUGGUCAAAUUCUUCAUCCACAUGAGUCAGCUGGUAGCUAGACUACAGGGUGUCCACAGACAGCAGAUAGCAGGGCAUGCUGGGAGGUCACAUGAGGGUGUGGGCUGGCUCUGCGAAACCUUCUGUCUGGGUUCUGGUUAUGAGCUGAAUGGUUUAGUUUAGAGUUUUCUCUUUGAGUGACAGUCACAACACAUCUGCCUUGCCUGUGUUUCUUGCCACACAUGUGUCUAUUUCCACACUUUAAACAGUUCCGAGCAAGGUGACAAAGCUCUCUCAUCAGCGAAAUGACCAAACACAGUGGCGCACACCUUUAAUCCCAGCACUCGGGAGACAGAGGCAAGCAGAUCUCUGAGUUCGAGGCCAGCCUGG